UAUUGCCAUCAUCUCAUCAUCUACUCUAGAUCUGCUCUCACUCUUUGUUCCACCUCACAGUCAUCAACUUCUCUCAGUUCAGACCCAACACCUCAGAGACAUUUUCUGCUUUGUUACUCGAAUCAAAACUACACACAGUUGCAUCAUUCCAAAGCUCCAGCCAGUAAUAUGGAAGAAGACGACGGCAGCAGCAAAUAUCCUGGAAAUGAAAUCAUCAAAUCCAAUGGUGCUGAUGCUGGGAUCUUCGCCUCUCGCACCUCUGAUGUCCACUGGAGCAACACUGCCGAAGGCCAAGGUUCCAGUGGAGGAACGAAACUGGAAGGUGACGGUCAGAACUUGGGCAACAUCAAAUACAAUAUUAGUGAUAAUACAAUUACCGCACUCAAUGGAGAGUCAGAUGUUGGGAUGUUCAGCUUUCACAACGUAGGUGUCUACGGGAGCAAUGCCGGCCAAGGUCAAGGUGGACGUGAAGGAAACAAGGGCCUCAAAUCCAAGGGUGGCUCGAGCUCUGCCCAAGGCCAAGGUGGCGGUGGAGGAAACAAACCCAAAGGUGAUGUUUACAACAUUCGUGGCAAUAACAUUAAAGGAGAUGGAGAUAGGAAAAGGUUUCACAACUUCGGCAACAUCGAAUACAACUUGAAGACAACUAGUACAGAAGAUGACGGCAGCACCAGCCAAGCCAAUAUUCGCAGAAAUACAAUUACAGCAAGCAAUGGAGCCUCAUAUGUUGGGAUGUUCAACUUUCACAACGUAGAUGUCUGGAGCAAUGCCGGCCGAGGCCAAGGUGGCCGUCAAGGAAACAAUGGCUUCGCCAAACUCAAAGGUAUCAGUCACAACAUUUGUAAUAAUAAAAUUAGCGCAUGUAAAUCUACAAAUGUUGGGUUACAAAACUUUGGCAACAUCAGAUACAACUGCAAGACUGCUAGCAUAUAUGGAUGGUUGGGUUUAGUAGGCUUUUGGUAUUUAUUCCAGAAUUUCUUUGGCCCUAUGUGGUUAUGAGUGGAGGUAUACUGUAAGAGUUUGAUGUUACUUGUCGAACUCCUCUGUAUUAAUUUGUAUUAACAUUUUACGAUUAUGGUUAGCAGACAUGAGUAAAACCAUGCCAGUGACUUGAGUUUAACAUA